AUGACUAAGGUUACAGUUUUAGGAGCCGCUGGUGGUAUAGGACAGCCUCUAUCACUGCUACUGAAGAUGUCCCCCUACGUUUCAACGUUGGCGCUGUACGAUCUGCGGCUGGCGCCGGGUGUUGCACGUGAUCUCUCACACAUCAACACCAACUCCAAGUGUCGCGGCUACGGCAAGGACGAAUUAGCAGACGCGCUGAAGGGUGCAAAUGUGGUGGUGAUCCCUGCGGGAGUACCCCGCAAACCGGGCAUGACGCGUGACGACCUGUUCAAGAUUAACGCCGGAAUUGUGGCGAACCUGGUGAGCGCGACUGCCAAGUACGCGCCUUCAGCGCGGAUACUGGUCAUCUCAAACCCGGUGAACUCGACUGUACCUGUGGCAUGCGAGACACUAAAGAACCUGGGUCAAUUCAAGCCUGGCAAGGUCAUGGGUGUCACUACUCUGGACGUUGUCAGAGCCCACACCUUCCUCAGCGACGCGCUGGGCGCUGAUCACUACGGGCGCGAGGCGAUGAAGAGCCACGUGACGGUGAUUGGCGGACACUCCGGAACAACCAUUGUGCCCAUCGUGACCAACGCGAAGGUGCGUUCUAAGCUUGUGAACAAGCGUCAGUACGAUGCCUACAUACAUCGCGUCCAGUUUGGCGGUGACGAGGUGGUGGAGGCCAAGCAGGGUGCGGGUUCUGCAACCCUGUCCAUGGCGCUUGCGGGCUUCCAAUUUACGAAUGAGGUCCUGCGCAGCAUCCACCUUGAGAAACGUGCAGAGCCGGGCCCUCUUCCCGCAUUCAUCUACCUUCCAGGCGUUGAGGGUGGCAAAGAGCUGCAAUCCAAACUUGGCACCAACAUUGAGUACUUUGCUGCUCCUGUGCAAAUGCUCAGAGGCGACGUUGUGCGGGUUGACGUCGACUGGGUAGAUGGCUUGAGCGAUGAGGAGAAGAAGGCUAUCAAGAUCUGUCUCGAAGAAUUGGACAAGAACGUUCAAAAGGGCAAGCGUUUCGUACAGAGCAAACUGUGA